AUGGCAUCCCAUAAUCAAGAAUCAACAGUCCCGUAUGAUCCGCUCACCGAGCCCCCCAUCUCCCCUCGUUUGGAAGAAUUUGGCCGCCCCGCACCCGGCUUCCUCAAUACGGACUCGCGCAACUCGUCGAGCAGCACUGUCGGCUACCGUGCAUCUGAAUAUGGCUCUAUUGCCGCUCUCCAGGCCCCAAAGCUCGCGGUCACCCCUCCCGAGGGUGCCGAGAAGGAGAAUGUGCCCAUGCGCCAGCUCAGCCCUGUUCCUAGAGCCUCCAAGGAUCUCGAGGAGAAGAAUGAGCUCUACGCCGCUCCCCGUACGCGCACCAAGCGCAAGGCUCUCAUCUGGGGUCUCGCCGCCGCUGGUGCAGUCAUCCUGAUCGUUGCCAUUGCAGUCCCCGUCGCCAUUCUCACCAAGAAGAACAACUCUGGAGAAUCUGGCAGCGACAGCGGCAACUCUGGCCACUCUGGUCACUCUGAUUCGGGCUCACACUCUCAAACCGGAACCAACGAACAGACAGUCGUAACAAGCGGUGGUGAUGGUUCGAUCGUCACCAAGUCUGAUGGUACCACCUUUGUCUACAACAAUACGUUUGGCGGCUUCUGGGUCUACGAUCCGGCAAACCCCCUCAACAAUAGCGCUCGCGCUCAGUCCUGGAGCCCUCCACUCACCGAGGAAUGGCGAUGGGGUGUUGAUCAAGUCUAUGGUGUCAACCUUGGUGGCUGGCUCAACCUCGAACCGUUCAUUUCGCCAGCGUUGUACGAGCCAUUCUACCCCAAUGCCGUUGACGAGUGGACGCUCUCGACUCUCAUUCAACAGCGGGAUGGAAACCUCAAUGCCAUCGAGGAGCACUAUAAGACGUUUAUUGUCGAGGAGGACUUUGCGAUGAUCGCCGCAGCUGGUCUCAACUGGGUCCGUAUCCCGAUUCCCUUCUGGGCUAUCGAAAAAUACGACGACGAGCCGUUCCUCGAGAAGGUGUGCUGGCAGUACUUCCUCAAAGCCAUCGAAUGGGCUCGCAAAUAUGGUCUCCGCAUCAACCUCGAUCUCCACGCCGUUUCUGGCUCGCAAAACGGCUGGAACCACAGUGGCAAGCUCGGCGACAUCAAUUUCUUGAACGGUGUCAUGGGUAUCGCCAACGCUCAACGUACUCUUGACCACAUUCGCAUCAUCGCAGAGUUCAUUUCCCAGCCCGAGUACAGCAACGUCGUUCCUUUCUUCGGCAUCCUCAACGAGCCAAGAUCCGGUAGCGCCUAUUCGCUCGAGACAAUCCAGUCUUUCUACGCAGAGGCCUACAGGAUCAUUCGUAACGCCAGUGGAAACGGAGCCGGAAAUGGACCGUACAUCUCGAUCCACGAAGCCUUCCAGGGUUUGCAACAGUGGGAGACAUUCUUGACUGGUGCUGAUCGUCUUGCUCUCGACACGCAUCCCUAUCUUGCAUUCGGAGCCAUGAGCGCCGCCCCUGUCGAGUCGUUCAUCUCCACCCCUUGCUCGACGUGGGGCGGUCUCGUCAGUGCCUCACUGACCAACUUUGGAAUGACAACGGCGGGAGAAUGGAGCAACGCCAUAAAUGACUGCGGCCUCUAUGUCAACGCGGUUGGAAGAGGUACCCGCUACGAGGGAACAUUUGAAACCACGGCCGUCACUGGCUCGUGUGAUGAGUGGAUCAACUACGAAACCUGGACUCAGCCUACCAAGGAUGCGUUUAGGGAAUUCGCGCUCUCAAGCAUGGAUGCCCUCCAGAAUUGGUUCUUCUGGACCUGGCGCAUUGGAGAGUCGUCUGCGACCAACAAGGUCAUGGCCCCCUUCUGGUCCUACAAGCUCGGUCUCCAAGAAGGCUGGAUGCCCACCGAUCCACGCCAGAGCAGAGGACAGUGCGCAAAGGUCGGCGUCCCGAUCACCGAGUUUAGCAGCCCUAUUCAGCCUGGUGCGGGUAACCCUCCCACUCUGGACAACUACCCAUGGCCUCCUACGACCCUCGGUACCUAUGCAGUCGCCCAGCUCCCUCUCUACACACCGACUGGCGAGAUUCACACCCUCCCCGUCCCGACCUUUACCCAGUCUUCUGGUGCCACGGCUACCGUCAGCGUUGGCAAUGGAUGGGCAAACCCGGCUGACAACACUCCCAUGGCCGUUCCAGUUGCCGGUUGCACGUACCCUGAUCCAUGGAACGCGCUCAACGCUGCCAUCCCCGCCUGCGGUACCGGUGGCGGAAUCACCGCCCGUGCGGCCGCACCACAACCGACGUCGUAA